GUGGCAAUGUCCAUGUACUAUAACUUUUAUUAUAACGAAAAAAAUCUGCCAAAAGAUGAAGUGGUUUCGGAUACUUGUAGACGAUUAGAAGGCUAGGCUAUGAAGCCAUAACUUUCGUAUUCGUCCACUAAACUUAGUAAAACCACAAAGUAAAUACAGGCACUUCGGACUCAUUAAUGGUAGUUCCGAAUGUGACUUGAAUAAGCACGAAUUUUUGACAGCUCCGUUACGUAUCGUCAUCGUCAAUUUUUGUAUGGAAAAAGCUAGUUUGUUAUUUUGGCGCUGCUUAGUUUCUAUAGAAACGUUGAAGUGGGCCAUACGAAUAAAGAUCUGUCAAAGUUUGUAUUUGGUGUAUAGUAAACGUUCACUAAUAAAUAUAAGAUAAUGCUUUAAUUUACUUGACCGCAUAAUUUCUCUGCUUAACCCGAUGGUUGACUGGUAGAGAAUGCGAUGUGGCAUUAAGUCCGCCAUUUGUUACAAAACAAUAAAGAGUAAAUAAAAUAAAUAAAUACGAACAACUUUUUUUUUAAUUUCAUUUUUUUUAAAUACCUAAUCAAAAAUCAUAUGACCAGGAUUUUUAGGCAACCCAUUUUUAAUAUAUUUGUUAAUAUUCUAAAUUCAUGAUAAAAUAUGUUUCGUUCCAUUAUCAGCUCGGUGAAGGUCGAUUUAGGUUCGGAUCUCCUACCAUACUAGAUUUUGUCAGUGUAUUCGUGUGUGUGGUCUUUACAAUAUAAAAUCCUAUCAAUGGCUCAAUAACAAUUGAAAAUUGAAAUUAGUAAUCAUCAUCAGCCGAUGGACGUCCACUGCAAGACAUAGGCCUCCUCAAGGGAUCCAUAUGCAAUGAUCCUGCGCUCUCCUAAAAUAAAAAAAUAAACUAAUAUAAUAAUACUCUUCAAAAUUAGUAAUACAUAUAAAUAAAUAACCAAACAUGUGGUGAUUUCAUAAUCCUUCAUGGUGAUUUGCUGGCCAUACGAAGUUCUCGUAAUUGUAUUACCGUUUUCGUUAUCAGUUUCUAACUAUUGUUAAAUAGGUACAAUACAAUAGACAUUGGACCUUCUGCGGGUCAUUAAGUACCUAGUAGAUAAUAGACAAAAUACUCUUAUAUUAUUUCUAUAGCCGUUCCAAGAAAGCAAUUACGAUUGUCUAAGAAUUUUGGAAAAUUAUCAAUUAGUCAAAAAAGAGAACAAUGGCCAAAUGGCUGACGCUUGAACGCCGUCAACCACCAUUCAGCAGUAAGCACCUAGCAGUCAGUUCGCGACCGUCAUACCAGACGGACGUUCGCGACCGUCUUACCAAACUCUCAGAGUCGUUCAAUAGUGCCUAAAUUCGGUAUAGUGAAAUAAUUAAUAGUGUGUGGAAAAAUAAUAUGAGUUAAAAAUUGUGUGCUUAUUAUAAUAAAAAUGGAAAUCGCUGUUAAUACGAUAGACGAAGCCCGGCACUUAGUUGCUUCGGGCAAGUAUCUCCAGGCCUUUUACACUUAUGUGCUCGCUUUAGACAAGUGUCCAUGGGAGAAGAAGUAUAUUGAAUUCGAGUUUCGCGUGUUGCUAAUCAAGCUGAUGCAUUUGUUAUUCACGUCGCCAAGAAACAUUUUCCACAUGAUGUAUUGCCUGAGAUUAGCCGUACGCAUUUAUCCCGGCAACGUCCGCAUGCUCACCAAUAUCGGCGAUGUCUUUUUCAAGAACAAGCGUUACUUUGAAGCUCUUUGCCACUACGAAAAGGCGAAAUAUAUUGAUUCGAGCCUCAUCAGCCUCGAGAUAAGAAUCAACGGAGCUAAGAAACAUAUUUUCGAUAGACGUCUUUUCAGGCUAUACAACGAUGUAAUACGGAACGUAGCGUACACCAUCGCCAUAUAUUCGGAAAUCAAGCCACACGUUGACCAUGUCUUAGAUCUGGAUGGAGGUAUAGGCCUGUCGGCACUGGCUGCACAUGCAUGCCUGGCUCCAUCCACACUGGGCUUUAACUCGUCGCCUGCCCUCACACGACUCAUUCAGAACAUUGUACUGGAACGAAGGGAUUGGACCAUUUUGCAAACGCACCAACCCAUCAAAGGUUUUGUUUCCUCUACUAUCCAGGGUGAGCGCAAUUUCGUAAUCAUCAACAAUUUCGACGAGGCCCUUUUUACUGAUGGAAUGCUGGGGAACCUUAAAUAUGCCUGGAAAAACCUUUUAUGUCGUCACCCGCGUGUCCUGCCAUAUCGUGCAGAAUACUUUGUUGCAGGAGCAAAUUGUAAUCGAAUAAGUAACAAAUAUGAGCUGUCUAAAACAAUGAGGAAUCUUUUGAACAUUCCACAUUCUAUGGUGUUUUGCAAGUUGCCUCGCAAUAAAACUUUCUACAGUGAAGAUGUGGAGAAAUACGAGGACUUCAAAAUUCUUACUGAUGAAUUAUUCUUGUUUUCAAUAAAUUUUGAUAGAUACGACGAGGUGGUAGCUAUGAAUGAAAGAUCGUAUCACGAUGCUAACUUCGUCAUAAUGGAGGACGGUGAAAUUAACGUGAUAGUUGGCUGGUUUAUUCUUUAUUUGUCAAGAAAUACAGUCAUAACGAAUGAUCCCACAGUCCAUGACAUUAGUAGAACUUUUGAAAAACGAGUACGGGGGUGGCCGCAAGCAGUGUUUCCCAACUUCGUAUCAAGAGAAGUAAAGAUGUACCGCAGAACUCAAGCUAAAUUUAUGCUUAAUGAAGGUAAGCUAAGCCUCGUCCCACCAUUUAGUGAAGAUGCAUUGACAAUCUCGUUGUCUGUCAUUAGAUUUCUGAACGACACGGAUUUUGUAGAAGCAAUCAUCAGUUGCAUUCCGGCCGCAUGUCUAUAUCUACAGCAAACAGUAGAUAUAUCCGAAACAGAUGUAAUCGACUACAGUCCUUUUCCAAUAUUUGGACUGCAAAUGAUGCUUCGAGGUGCUAGAUCCCUAGUUUGCUACGCUACAAACGAGGAAGACAAAACCUUUAUAGAGACAGUCUUCAAUGCUAAUAACAUACCACUAGAAAAAAUUACCGUUCUACUCGGUCAAUACUGGAACCGUGAAUUCUAUAAACAUAAAGUGUACCACGCCAUAUUUUGUAUAGAAUUACACCUGCGCGGAGACAUCGAUUCUCAUAAGUGGCAGGCUGUUGAGCUCUUGCGAUCCUGUCACCUGGCUGCAGGCGGUCUCUUAUUACCUACAACUAUCAAUGUGAUUAUUCAGCUUGCUUCCAGCGACUGGUUGGACAGGAACAACAAAUUGUCCGAUAAAAACCUCAACGGUUUCAAUGUGGCGUCGCACGUCAAUAAGUAUCGAGCGACUCAGGUACAUAACUUGGAUUUGACUAUGUUGGAAUAUGAACCAUUGUCGGAGCCAGUGUUAAUAACUAACUGCUACAACUUAACGCGGUCUAGUAUUGUGUCAGUGAUGCCACUGAAGGACGGAGAGUGCAGCGCAAUACUGUGCUGGUACCAACUACGAAUGUUCGAACAAGAUGAAGACAUCACUACAAACAGAACAGGAAGCUUCAUGGAUAGCUUUGCCUACUUACCGAAUCCACCUGUACAGAUUUGUAAAGGCGAUAACGUUAAUCUGCUAAGAGUUGUUGACUCAACUGGACUAAGCAAGGUAAUUAUAGACACAGAGUACUGAGUUGAAUAUUAAUUAUUACAGAUGUUCGAAAUAAUCAAAAUAAUAAAAAAUGUGAUCAUAAUAUAUCAUGUAAGUAAAAAAAUACUACUGUAAUUAUAAUUUAAUUUAUUUGAUACAGCUGAGAUUUUUUUUCGUGUUAUCUAUUUAAUAUAAAUACACAAUGAAAAGAAAAAGGCUCUUCGGUGUAUUGCAGUCAUUUUAUUUAUAUUGUUAAGAGAAUUAUGUGCUGCUGUUUAUUGUAAAAAAAAUAACGGGCGAGACACC